AUUCGAUGUCGCUUAAAGCAGUGCCAUUUGUGAUCAGUGGCGCUACUGAGUAUUUCAUCGCACAGCAUGGAAACUUGGCGACCGACCCUCGUACCCCGACCCCCUCCAUUCGUAGGCUUCCAGGGAUUGGUCCCACGCAGUGACGUCACAGGGCCCGAGACCCUCGCCUCCUGCCUCCCCCCGAUCAGGCCCCCCAUGAUGUCCCCCCGACUCCACCCCGACAUCACCAACAGACUCCUUCUCUGUCCCCCCGUGCCUCCGCAGAACGUCUUCUACUUCACACAGGAUGACCUUGACUUUGCUCUCUACGGGUACACGCCUGCCCACAAUGCACCAGUGCCGUGUUCGCAUGCUCUUAGUGGCAUCAAGUCUGGAGCGAUGAACAGUAAGUAUUGUUUUGGUGGCAUGGAAAAGAUGUUGACGACAUCAGGGGAGCUAACCACAUCUGUCCCCUUCACUGGGUGGAGAGGUUACAGGUCAGAUCCGCCGGUUCACGAUCUUCCUCAAGAGCUAUGUCUAUCCCAAACGAAUAUCGGGGGAGUACCUCACUUUGGGGUCUUCUGCCGGAAGGACUUGGUCAAGAAGGGGUCAAAGUUCGGGCCAUUCAAGGGCAAGGUCGUCAACACCAGCGAGAUUAAGACAUUCGACGGCAACAGUUUUAUGUGGGAGAUUUUUAAAGACGGACGACUGAGCCAUUUCAUUGACGGAAGAGGCGCCGCCGGAAACUGGAUGUCGUACGUGAACUGCGCACGUCACGCAGGAGAGCAGAACCUGUUUGUGGUCCAGGAAGGCGAUGACCUGUUCUACGAGGCUACGCGGGACAUCUGCCCUGGGGCCGAGCUGCUGGUGUGGUACGGAGAGAUGUACGUACAGAUCAUGGGCAUCCCCGUCACCAUGAAGGAGGAAGUCGUCGAGGGGGCGCUGGAAACACCCAAAGAGAUAGAAAACACUGAAGGCUACCAGUGCGAGCGGUGCGGGAAAGUAUUCGCCUACAAAUAUUACCGAGACAAGCAUCUGAAGUACACUAAGUGCGUGGACCAGGGCGACCGGAAGUUCCCUUGUCACCUGUGCAGCAGAUCGUUUGAGAAGCGUGAUCGUCUGCGGAUCCACGUGCUGCACGUGCACGAGAAGCACCGCCCCCACAAGUGCGCUGUGUGCGGCAAGAGCUUCAGUCAGAGUUCAAGUCUCAACAAACACAUGAGGGUUCACAGCGGGGAGCGGCCGUACAAGUGUGUCUACUGCAGCAAGUCCUUCACAGCCUCAAGCAUACUGCGCACGCACAUCCGUCAACACUCCGGGGAAAGGCCAUUUAAGUGUAAAUUCUGUGGCAAGGCAUUCGCAUCACACGCCGCCCAUGACAGUCACGUGAGACGCACGCAUGCGCGCGAGAAGCCCUUCGGUUGUAAAGUGUGUGGGCAGGAAUUCGCUCAUCAGUUUGACCUUAAAAUCCAUCUUCAGUCACACAUAGAUUCCACACACCCCAGUUGGUCCGCUUCACCAUCGGACGACACACCAGUCAGCAUGGUUCCCAUGCCAACGAAUCCAUGACGCCGCCAUGACGUCACCACAGAACCUCUGCCGACUCUGCAGAACCACUGUAGGCUGUACUGCCAGAAUAAGAACACAUCAACUGCAAAUGGAAUACAAUCGAUUACGUCAUGACAUUUUCUCCGAUGACGUCAUACUCCAUGACGUCACGGAUGGUGGCACAAUGCAGUAUGGUGUCCCAGUAUGGUGAACCUAGUCAUUGAUCACAUGCAGAUCUUCCACAGUGAAGAAGACUUAACACAGACAGUCAGUCGCCUAGCAACAGUGUGAAUAUACCUUGGUGUCUCCAUGUGAAUACCUCUUUUCUUCCCAUCUUCAAUAGAACGGGCUAUAGACAUAUCACAUGUCAUCGUUUGUAAAUCAAUUUUUACUUUAAAACUGGUGGCGAUACAUGUUGUUAAAUCGGACAAGUGAGAUGUGUGGAGAGUUGUAUACAGACGUUGAUAACGUUUCGUUCGUCCACGAAACGGCAAGGGUCGAUUCUCCACAUUGGCAUCAUAUUCCCGAUGUCCCCUAUCGUGAUAUUCCUGACAAUAUCGACAGGAGUACUAGAGAGGAACAUGGCGUCCCUGGGGCCACCCGAAUGUACA